CAUGGACGAACAAUUGAUGCGACAAACUUCCUUUGUAAAGACAGCUUGCGAUGAUCUUUCAUCUAUAAAUCUUGACUCUCAAUUAGAAACUGAAUCCCAACAAUCAACUUUUCGCGUUCCCGAUCUAUUGGACGGAAUCGAUCAAGCUUCUCCUAUUGCUUCUCCCAUUGAUAAUUUUAUUGUGCCUACCUUGCCAACGAUUGUUGAAGCUCUGCGAUUAUGCUCGGAAAUUAAGCAGAUCAGUACUAAAUUAUGUGAAAGCAGUGAAGCUGGUGAUGAGCAUGGGACGUUUGAUCCGGCAAUAAAACGUCAGUUGGAUUUAAAAUUCAUUAAACUUAGACAACUAAAUCGAAAAUUUUAUUUGGAUAAACAAUAUAUUAAAAAUAAAACUCAAUCUGCAAAAGUACAAAUGGAUCAUGCACAUAUGAAAUUACAAGAAGUUAUGUUUCAGAAAUGUUUAUUAAAAAACAUGCUUAGUAAAGUUCCACGUAGAUUCAAAUUUGAAGAUAUUUCAUUAAUGCCUGUUGAUGAAUUCAUUAAAACUGCACCAGAACAAUACCUCACCGUUCUGUCUGAAGAUGAUGAUUCUAAACAAUGUAAUCAUCAAUUAUUACUGGCUCAAUUACAAUACGAACUCGUUGAACGUACAAG